AUGCAGAUCUACUCGAAGUAUAACCCCUCGAAGUGCGGAGACGUGGACUCGCUCCUCGCCAAGUACAGGGGGCGCGAGCGCACCCUGUACCUGGGCAUCUGCGAAAAGUACAAGGUGCCUCCGACCGGCAUCGGGCAGCCGCCUGGUGGGGCGCCCCCGCCCCCGCCGCCGCCUCCGCCCGCUGGCAGCCCGGACCAACCCCCCCAGCCGGGUGGCGGCGCCGCCGCUGCGGUGGACGAGGAGACCGUGGCGAAGUACAAAGAGCUCAUGAUCGAGAUUUACAAGGAGCACAAUCCUUCAAAAGUGGACGACGUGGACAACCUUUUGACCAAGUACCGCGGACGCGAGGAGCUCGUCUACCGCGGCAUCUGUGAAAAGUACAAGGUGCAGCCGAAAAUCCCCCUCAAGAAGUCCGACGAGGCCGAGGCCCCAAAGAGCGGAGUUGAGAAGUACAAGCCCCUGAUCUCAGAGAUCUACGAGAAGCACAACAAGGAGAAGCUAGGCGAGAUUGACGACAUCCUCGCGAAGUACAAGGGUAAGGAAAAGACGCUGUACCUGGCCGUGUGCCACAAGUACAACAUCGAGCCGAAGGUGCCCGCGAAGAAGGACAAAGGGGACAAGGACAAGAAGGGCGCGGACGACGAGGCGCAGAAGGCAGAGGAGGAGCGCAUCGCCAAGGUCAAGCCUCUCAUUCGAGAAGUCUAUGCGGAGCACAACCCCGCCAAGCUGGAGGACGUGGACCAGCUCCUCUCGAAGUACAAGGGGCGCGAAGAGCAGCUCUACUUCGGAGUCUGCGAGAAGUACGGCGUGGAGCCCAAGAUCCCCAAGCCAGCCCCUGCAGAGCCUCCUGCCGCUGAUGCGGCUGGCCCGCCUGACAACGCAGGCGCCACGGCCGCAGCAGAGCCGCCCUCGAGCGCGGCUCCGACCUCCACGGCGCUCGUGCCGGCCGCCCCGCAGCAAGGGGCCGCCUCGCAGGUGGGGCUGCGGCAGGUAUACUGCGACUUGAUACGGGACGUCUACAAGGAGCACAACCCCGCGAAGUUGGAUUCGGUGGACGGGCUGUUGGACAAGUACUUGGGGCAGGAGAGGGAUCUGUACCAGCUGAUCUGCAAGAAGUACGACGUGAAGCCGCAAGACCCAGAGGGACUUGGAGACUUGGAUUGGUUAACCAACGCGGAGGAGAAGCUUUCGAGUCUCCUAGAGGGUUUGAUAAGCACGGUGGUCAUGCACUCCUCGGGCCUGACCGCAGAAGACGCCGAGCAGAUGGCCGCGUGGGACAGGGUUCGGCCGAGGCCCCCUCCCUGCACUCGCAAGCACCAGUUCGAGCUGAAGCACUUGGCGUCGGCACAGCUGGACGCGCUCUCUAAGUCGCUGCAGGGCCAGGAGGGCGCCAGGUGGCGCAAGCUGCAGGGGAAGUGCGCCGGCGCCGAGGUCAAGGAGCCUCAGCGCGGAGCCCCCCUGACCGUGGUUUCCGACGGCGGCGGGCCCAAGGGACGCUGCCCUUUUGACGCUGCCGUGUCGCAGCUCACGGCCGCGCUGUCCACUGCAGUGCGCGACUGCAUGGACUCGGACGACGAGGGCACAACGCAGCAGCGGUUCGAGAAGUGGGCCGUGCCGUGGUGCGCGGAAGAGGCAACCUACGUCUCCGCCCCGUCGGGCGAGAAGAAGGAGGUUGGCAUCGAGUACAGGCGCGGCUGCUGGACUCCUCGAAAGCACGCGAAGCACGCGCCGCUGCCUACGCACUCUGUGAGCCAUGGCCUCUGCGGCCCCGAUGUGGAGGCCCGCCUGCCGCAGAUGUGGCGGGAGCUCGCGGACAAGUUGCAGGCUGGCUUCGGGGCGCUCACCUGGGGCAGGGACAUGCCGCUGGACGCGGUGGUGGUCGUGCAGACGGGCGCUGGGCACCCGGCGUCGCCGCCAGCCGACGGCAUGCUCGCCGGCUGCAGCGCCGCAUCCCCCAGCGCUUCGGUCAUCGUCACGGCACCGUCGGAGGAGGACUUCGAGAAGGCGAAGAGCACCGCCUCCGCCGUGUUGGGGCGGGUGAUGGGCGAGCUGCGGCUCGACGCGCUCUUCGUGCCCAGCUCGCUCUCCAUGCCGCAGCAGCGCCAGAAGGGGCGCGGGCUCGCCGCCGGCAUGGGCGCCCCCCCAGUCGGCCGAGCCCUGCGCGGGGAGGACGACCGCGACGGGGCCGUGUCGUCGUCCUCCAGCUCCUCUUCGGACGCGGAGGCGGAGUCCGAGGAGGUCAUGUCCGAUGCAGAGCCCACGGAGACCUAUCGGCCUCUGCGCCUCAACCGCGUGGGGAUCCGAGACGCUUACCUGCAGGGGCUGCUCUGCCUGAACUGCGACGCCGCAGACCACAAACACCAGGACUGCCCCUUCCGGAAGAAGGUUUGUUGGAAUUGCCACGCGAAUCAUUCUGGCAACGAGUGCCCGCAUCGAUGCCGGUUCUGCAAGGACCGCCACGACUACCCUCUCUUGGAGUGCGUCAAGAAGGUGUGCCGUCGCGUGAACGAUUGGAAGAAGUCCAAGCCAGCACAGGAGCAGCGAGGUGUGCUCUCCUCUUUCGAGCAGCUGAUGAUCAAGCUCGAGGGAUUCGAGGACCUGGACCUGGCGAAGCACAACCGCGAAGUGCAGGUUCUCAUCAAGGGCCUAUCAGAGCAAGGCGCCAUAUUCCCUGGCGACAUGAACGACCUCGCAAUGUCUGUCAUGGACAUGAAGCCUGCUGUAAAGGACAAGGUAGAGCCCGUGAUACCGCCUCCGCCAGCGGGGCCGCCUCCGAAGCCUUACGUGGCCCCGAAAAUUCCGAAGGAGGUGCCGCCCAUGAUGCCCGAGAACAAACACCCCUGGUCAGAGAAGAUAUUCCUGGACGAGCUGCUGUCACGGGGGAUGUAUGGCGCCAAUAUCAUGAGUCGUAUCAUCGGUCGAGGUGGAGCCCAUCACAGGCGCAUGGAGCAGGAGAGUGGCGCCCGCGUGUUCUUCCGCGGGCUGGGCGUGAGCGGCCGCGAUGCAGACCUCAGCGAGCCAAUCGACUGCCGCUUGCACAUUUCCGUCAAAGGCGAGGUGCCCCAGCAGGCCCGCAGAGUGAGGGCCAUCGUGAAGGAGAUCGUUGCGGAACUCGAUAAGGAGAUUGCCGAGAGUGGAGAGACUGGGCCAUUGUUGGACAAGCCUCGCGACCCCGACGCGCACCAGUUCGGAUUCCUGAUACCGAAGGGUACCGGGCCCGAGAACGAGGAGCCCUUGAAGUUCCGCUUCCCAGAGGAGGACGGCCAGACCUUGAACGACCUGCUCGUGUGGCUCAAGCAGGCCAAGCUGCCUCUGGAGCUCGACUCCGACACGCAGUGGCGGACGACGUUGCAGGUCACGCCCUCGGAGCCCCCGCUCCCGGACGACGCGCCAGAAGAGGCGGAGGCCGUCGCCGAAGCGCUGGACAAGCUCAUCGGCCAGUGGCAAUCGCCGAGCCCCUACUGGUUCGAGGAGACCGACCUGCGACCAACAGGGAUAUGGUCGUCGCUCACAACGAACGAGAUUGGUGAGGGCGCAGGCCCUAUACUGCUCCAGCAGGGGCAGGGGGUUCGCCUCAGCGCGAGUGCCUGCGAGCACUUCGCCUCGAUUCUGGAGCAGACCGAACUGCAGCAUGUGGCCCGGGCCAAGAUGGUGGCGGUGCUCGCCAGGCUCAGGGGUGUGGUCCGGCGAGCGGCCGAGGACGACCAGCUUUUGCUUUAUCUGUCUUACCCUUGGGCCUUCUUUGCCGAGUCCACCAGCCGGGGGCUGAAGCUGCCGUUCAGCCGCGAGCAGGUGCACAGAAUGCUCAUCGACUUGGGCCGAGUCGGCGGCCACCCGACUGAAACGAACCCUGCGCCGCCAUUCCGGGGGUUCUUCGUGGAGUGGAUGCCCGUGAAGGCUGGCGCCGAAGGCGCCAAGAAGGCCUACGUCCCGCCAGUCCAGGCUGGCACCAUGGCGGCCCUGCCCGGGCCGGCUCCCACCGCCCCGGCGGUGCAGGCGGCAGUCGCGCCGCAGUUUGCGGCAGCCCCGCAGCAGUGGCCGCAGGCGGCCGCUGCCGCGGCGCCGCCCUCCGCGCCGGCGCCGGGCGGAGGCUCCGGGGCGCCCCGGGGCUUCUGCAAGUACUGGCUGCCCGAGGCGGUGUUCGGGUCCGGGCAGGACCUGCGCGAGCUCAUCGCAGGGCCAGGGGGGGCUCACUUCGGGCACGUGCUCAAGAAGUACCCGUCCGUCGACCUGCGCAUCGAGGGGCAGCCCUCCCUCGCGGCGCCGCCGGCCCACCGCAUCCACCUGUCCAUGAGCACCGAGGUGUCCGAGAUCUUCGAGAACGCCGCUGCCGACGUGCUCGACCUCGUGGAGACCGUCUGUGACAUGGUCGGGGAGGAGCUUGGCAUGAGCGAGGAUCAGGUGGAGGGCCUGAUCCAGGAGAUCCGCGCCGAGAAGUACUUCGAGGCCCACGGCAUCCGCACGCCGCUGCCGCCCACGAAGCGCGCCGAGCCCGCCGAGCCUGCGCCGGCGCCCGCGCCCGUGCAGCCCGUGGCGCCCUCCCAGGCCGCGCCGUCGGCGGCGCCGACCGCGGCGCCGUCGUCUGCGGCGCAGGACCCUGCGAGGGACACCGCCGACUUCGAGUUCAUCGACGAGGACAUGGAGGCGGGCGAGGGCGGCGGCGCUGGCGGCGACUCGGACACGGAGGACGACGCCCGCACGGAGGCCCCGGACCUGCUGUCCGACGUCACCGACAACGAGGACGGCGUGGGGCGCGAGCCGUUCGGCACGAUGGUGCCGAUCGUGUUGGGAGGGUACUUAUCAGACAUUAUUAGGGUUUCGGCCACCCAGGGUCUCGACCUCAUAACCAAAGGCGACCUAUUCCCCACGGGCAAGGGCUCCAUCCACAAGACCUUCGUGCGCUCGCUCGGCGCAGUAUCCCGCGCCACGGCCUCGGGCUCCAUCCUGACGCGCAUGGCGCUCAACGGCAACAGGAUCGGCGACGACCACAUCGACCACGCGAUCGCUCGCCUCGCGGUCGCCUUCAAGACCUACAACUACCUGCGGGUGCAGCGCGAGAACCACGGGCUGCCGACCACGACCUGCCACUACACGAGGCUCCAGCCCGAUGGUGAGGACCACCCGAACUCCGCCAACGAGAUCAGGGUGCCCCUCCACAAGCAGGACUCCUACAGGAACAACGCAGCGGCGUGCUGGGCGCGGCUCUUCAGGGAGCAUCGAGGAUCGGUGAGCAUCGAGGAUCGAGUCGAGGAUCGAGGGACCUGCCUCCAGGCCCUGGGCCGCCGUGCUGUGCGGCUGGACCUCUGCCCAAGUGUCGAGGUCGAGCGCGUCGCCGACUUCCUCGCGCAGGGAGACAUGGUGGUCCGCCUGGACGUGCGAACUGCAGCGGAGUUUGCUGGCGGCUCGGUGCCCAGCGCCGUAAACAUUCCGGUGGACGAGCUCCCCAGGAGGCUGGGCGAGCUGCCGCAGGGGGCUCCGAUCGCGGUGUUCUGCGCGGCAGGCGUCCGCAGCGGCAUGGCCAAGGGCUUUCUGGAGGCCCACGGGUUUCAGGUCGAGAACUGCGUGAACGUUCAGGUCACGGCAGCGGCCCUGAACAUGCUGGAGUCGGAGUAG